AUGCAGUCGACCGACUUUGAGAUCGACGAGACCGACUACGACGUCCAGGCCGACUUUCAAGUCGCUCAGCAGCAGCGCAUCGCCGAGGCCGCCGCGUCCCAGGCCCACGCCCUCGAGCAGCUCGCGAGCGUGCCCGAACCUGUCAAGCGCUACCUCAUCUCGCUGUGGUCCCUCCUCAACGCGCCCCAGCCCAACCUCGCCGAGAUCCAGUCGGCGUACGACAGUGGCUGGGCCCGCAUCUCGGACAAGUUCUACUCGAACAAGGAGUGGCCCGAGGCCGAGGUCAUUGCGCCCCUCGUCAACUACGACGAGCUGUUCCUCACGCUCUACAAGGAGCUCUACUUCAAGCACAUCCUCGCCCGCCUCCAGCCCACCCUCGAGGACCGCAUCUCGUCCUACGAGAACUACUGCGCCCUCGCCAACACGAUCCUCAACUCGCCUCAGCCCGUCCCCAUCGCCCUCCCCGUCGACUGGCUCUACAACAUCAUCGACGAGUUCGUGUACCAGUACACGAGCUUCACCCUGUGGCGCGCAAAGGUCGACGGCAAGACGGACGAGGAGAAGGCCAUCCUCGCCGAGUCGGGCCAGGUCUGGUCGUGCUACUCGGUCCUCAACGUCCUGUACUCGCUCAUCCAGAAGAGCAAGAUCCAGGACCAGCUCGCGGCGGCGCAGCGGGGCGACGACGUCGAGGCGACGGCGGGCGAGUACGGCUCGAUCCCGCUGUACCACCACCUCGGCUACUUUUCGAUCCUCGGCCUCGUGCGCGUGCACGUCCUCCUCGGCGACUACACGCUCGCCCUCUCGAUGCUCGACGGCAUCGACCUCAACAAGAAGGCCCUCUUUACGCGCGUCACGUCGGCCCACGUCGCCGUCUACUACUACGUCGGGUUCGCGUACCUGAUGCUCGGCCGGUACCCGGACGCGAUCCGGGCCCUGUCGCACAUCCUCUUCUUCGUCCUGCGCCUCAAGCACUUCCAGCGCGGGUCCCAGUUUGACCAGAUCAACAAGACGGCCGACCGCAUGUACGCGCUCCUCGCCAUCUGCCAGGCCCUGUGCCCGACCAAGGUCGACGAGGGCAUCGCGACCGCCAUGAAGGACAAGUUUGGCGACCAGCACGCGCGCCUCGUGCGGGGCCAGGCCGGCUCGGCCGACCAGCUCGCCGCGUUCGGCGAGCUGUUUCAGCACGGCGCGCCGCGCUUCAUCAGCCCGAACCCUCCCCCGUACGAGCACGAGUCCGAGGCGGUCCUGGGCGCGUACGCGAGCCUGCCCGACCCGUCGCAGCACCAGCAGCAGCUGUUCCUGAGCGCCGUCGAGCCCCAGCUCCAAAACUCGACCCUGAGGUCGUUCUUGCGCCUGUACACGACGCUCGGCACCGACAAGCUCGCAAAGUUCCUCGAGUGCGACACCGAGGACGACGUGCUCGAGAUGCUCAUGACGGCAAAGGGCGCCGCGCGCAAGACGACCUGGGUCGACGGCGGCCUCCUCGACGGCCAGGAGACCAACGUCAGCGACGUCAACUUUGGCGUCGACGAGGGCCACCUCACCGUCGCCCAGUCGACCACGUCGCGCCGGUACGGCGACUUUUUCUCGCGCCACGCGCUCAAGUUUGCCGACGUGUACGAGGGCCUGCGCGCAAAGCCCCUCCCGCUGCCCAAGGCGCGCUCCUCGGGCUCGGCGGCGACGGGCUCGGCGGCGACGGCGCAGGCGGGUGCGGGUGCGGGUGCGGGUGCGGCGCCGGCGAAGAAGGAGGUCAAGGUCUGA